GCCGUCGCCGCCGCCGUGGCGGGCCCCCGCCGCGGCCGAGGAGCCCGGGAGCGGUGCCGCAGCCCCGAACACGCUCAUGGCCGCCCUUAAGUCUCGCCGCCACCACCUCCCUAAGGCCUGGACCGCCCCCCCGCCACCCCCGCGCAUGCUCAACAGCUCCGCCCAGCCCAGGCCACAGACUCCCGGACCGGGGAGCGUCGCGGCCGCCCCUCUGCCACGGCGCCCCCUGGCUGCUGGGAGGAGCAGGAAGGAGCAUUGGAAGCUGCUCGGCAACUUGAAGACCACAGUGGAAGGUUUGGUGUCCAUCAGCAACCCAAAUGUCUGGUCCAAGUAUGGGGGCUUGGAACGGCUCUGCAGAGACAUGCACAGCAUCCUCUACCAUGGGCUCAUCCACGACAAAGUGUGCUGCAGACAGAAGGAUUACUGGCAGUUUGUGAAGGACAUUCGCUGGCUGAGUCCCAGCUCUGCUCAUCACCUGGAGAAGUUCAUCAGCCUGCAGGAGAGUGACCAGCGUGACCCAGAGGGCCCAGGAGACCAGGCCAUUGCACAGCUGUGGCUGCAGCACAGCCUGCAGUGCCACUGCCUGUCGGCACAGCUGAGGCCGCUCCUGGGGAACCGGCAGUACAUCAGGAAGUUCUAUGCAGACACUGCCUUCCUGCUCAGUGACGCCCACGUCACGGCCAUGCUGCAGUGCCUGGAAGCUGUUGAGCAGAACAACCCCAGGCUUCUGGCUCAGAUCGACACCUCCAUGCUGGCCGGAACGUCACUGCCAUCCCUGUGCACAUCAGACCCUUCUGCUGAGACAAGGGAGAUGUGUGACCACAACGCUGAAGGACACGAGAGCCAUCUGCCUGGAGCACUGGGCUGCCUGGAUCAUUUCACUGAGAGCAUGCUUACCAGGAGGAGUGACAAUCUGUCUCCAGUGACCAAGAGUCAGAGCCUGACAGCCCUCCCUGGGUCCCCGUACGUCCCCACUGCUGGCUGCACCCAGCAGCGCUGCUUUGGGUCCUCCUCCAGCCUCCACCAUCCAGCCUCCUCUGGCCUUUCUGACAGGAGACCAGCGAGCUCCUUUGUCAGCUCCAACUCCAGCCAGCCCCAGGAGCGCUGCCUGUCCACUCGGUCCUCCUCCUUCAGCGAGGGCAGGUCCACUCUGGAGCAGCCUGGCUCUGUCACCCAGACCCCCUCACCAAAAGACCCCUUCUCUCCAACCAGCGAGAUGAGUUCCAGCACCACCAGCCAGAGCGAGGAUACUUGGACAGGAAGUCAGGAUGAUCCGCAGAGUGAUGUUAAUGAUGGGCCGGAAUACCUGGCCAUCGGGAACUUGGGACGCCGGGGCCGGGCAUGUAGCAGCGCCAGCACCAACAGCUCCAAGAGCAGUAGCUCCAAACUCUUCUCCUCCAGCAGCUCCCAGAAGCUGGACUCAGUAUCAUCCCUGGGGGAGCAGGGGGCGAGCGGAGGUGGAAGCAGGGGCCUGAGCCUGUUGCGACGGUCCAGCUUCUCGGAGGGACAGUCAUCAGCUCCACAGGGCAUCCUCAAGAAGAGCCACGUGCGCUCACACUCCGACACCAACGUGACUUCGGGGAAGUUGCACGAGUCCCAUGGUGAUCCAGCUGGAGGGAGAGGGCCGGUCUCUGCUUCCACCCAGAGCAGUGAACUGAGCACACCCAGCUCCCUCUACAUGGAGUAUGACUCUGGACAGUAUCUGAGCUCGGGGGAAGGGAUGUUCAGGAGACCCUCGGAAGGACAGUCCCUCAUCAGCUACCUCUCUGAGCAGGACUUUGGCAGCUGUGCAGACCUGGAGAAGGAGAAUGCCCACUUCAGCAUCUCAGAGUCCCUGAUCGCUGCCAUUGAGCUGAUGAAAUGCAACAUGAUGAGCCGGCAGCUGGAGGAGGAGGAGGAGGAAGACAGUGACAAGGAGAUCCAGGAGCUUAAACAAAAGAUUCGCAUUCGGCGCCAGCAGAUCCGCACGAGUCGGUUCCCUGCCUGCCAGGAAAUGGGCUCAGACAGUCUUGUGGCAACAGACAGCGGGUCCCAGUUCAGCUCCCACGGCUCCAUGCGGCUCUCUGACUCUGGCUCUGCAGAGGAUGUGGAGGAGUACGAGAUCCGAGAUGCAGACAUCAAGAAGAACCCAGACUCCAGGAAGUCCUUUCUCUCCUCGGACUCCAUAUCCCACUCCUUCCUCAAUUCCAACUCAGCAGAGGCCGUGGCCAUGGGCUUGCUGAAGCAGUUUGAGGGCAUGCAGCUCCCAGCUGCCUCUGAGUUGGAGUGGCUAGUCCCCGAGCACGAUGCCCCACAGAAGCUCCUGCCCAUCCCUGACUCUCUGCCUAUCUCUCCUGACGAUGGAGAACACGCUGACAUCUACAAACUGAGGAUUCGGGUGCGUGGAAACCUGGAGUGGGCCCCGCCGCGACCACAGAUCAUCUUCAACGUUCACCCAGCGCCAACGAGGAAGGUGGCCGUGGCCAAGCAGAAUUACCGGUGUGCAGGCUGUGGCAUCCGGACUGAUCCUGAUUACAUCAAACGGCUGCGGUACUGCGAGUACCUGGGGAAGUAUUUCUGCCAGUGCUGCCACGAGAACGCCCAGACGGUCAUCCCCAGCCGCAUCCUGCGCAAGUGGGACUUCAGCAAGUACUAUGUGAGCAACUUCUCCAAAGACCUGCUGAGCAAGAUCUGGAGUGACCCGCUCUUCAACGUGCAGGAUAUCAAUCCUGCCCUGUACCGGAAAGUGAAGGCUCUCAACCAAGUGUGGCUGCUGCGAAUCCAGCUUUUCCACAUGAAGAACAUGUUCAAGACAUGCCGACUAGCUAAAGACCUCCUGGACUCCUUUGACACAGUGCCUGGCCACUUGACAGAGGAUCUGCACCUCUACUCGCUGAGCGACCUCAGUGCCACGAAGAAAGGGGACCUGGUGCCUCGCCUGACAGAGCUCCUGAAGGCAGGCGGCCUGCACGUUGACAAGUGCAUGCUGUGCCAAGCCAAAGGCUUCAUCUGCGAGUUCUGCCAGAAUGAGGAUGACAUCAUCUUCCCCUUUGAGCUCAACAAGUGCAGGACUUGUGAAGAGUGCAAAGCCUGCUACCACAAAUCCUGCUUCAAAUCCACGCACUGUCCCCGCUGUGAGCGCCUUCAAGCCCGGAGAGAGCUGAUGGCCAAGCAGAGCAUGGAGUCCUACAUCUCGGACUAUGAAGACGAGCUGGAGCAGCCGGAGGCAGUGGCAGCCACAUGAACAGGUUGCAGCCAAGGAGUGUAUUGUGGGUUUAUUUAUGUGCGUGGCCUUCGUCACCAGAGCCUGAGCCACGUGGAGAUAAGGACUAUUGGGAGGACUGGAGCACUGUCUUGAAGGGAUCUGUUUUCCCCCAUGCAGUAGUGCUGUGCUGGGGAAAGGGCACAUUCCAUCGUCCAGAUCUUCUCCAGGUACUGCUCAUACUCCCUGAUGCCUUUGCUUGGGGAAAGGCAGCUGCUCCUGCCUGUCCUGCAGGCAGAACAGAGACUUUUUCCAAGCAGUUGUUCAUGGUGGACAAGGCAGCGCUGUGGUGUCUGUCUCCAUGCCCUGCUCUGAGCCCAGCAGGGUCCCCUGAAGGGUCAGCACUUUCUGUUCAUCACUUUCUGUUCAUCCGUACACCAGGAAACUCUGGCCACAUCUGCUCCUUGGAGAAGGGAAUCAGCUCUCCGAGUUCUCUGAUCCUCUGUUCUGCUGCUGGGGCUUGUGUGAAUGGAGGAAUGAUGGGGGGUUGGUUGUACGUUUAACAGCUCCCUUUCUGAAAGCUGGUGUGGGACACUGGUGGAGAGUUGCUGUCACUCAAGGAUCAGAGCAGAGGAGGUGGCAAUGAUGAAGACACCAGACUUCCCUGCCCCCUGCCUACAGCCUGUGCUGCAGUGGGACAUUGCCCCUGGAGCAGCCACCCAAGGGGACUGGUGCUGACAGGCUUUUGGCAGGCAGAUCCCCAUGGCUCUAUUAGGAUCUGCCUCCAUGGGAUACAGGCUUCCAACCUACUUUGUCCUCACGCUGCCAGUCUGUCCUCCCUGGGGGGACAUGUCCUCUUCUAAGGGUGACAUGGGACCUCACUCUGGUGGCACCAGGUCCUGCCUUGUGUGCAGCUGCCUUCUGCCCGAGACCUGUUGGGAUGCAGGUGAGGGCCCAACCCUCCAGCCGCAUCCCCCGAGCCUCUGUCUCAGUUUGUUCUUUUAGGCUGGGUUUUUGUUUUUUAAUCUGUUGGAUUUGGUUUUAUUUUUUUUAUGUGGUUGUUUGUAUUUUUAACUGUGUGUUCCCCUGCAAGGAGGUGCUGCUUGAAACACCUCCUUAAGGGGCAUGCGAUCUGCUUGCAGCUCACCAGUAUAAAUUCUCCAGGGCUGUCCUGCUCCUGGUUUCUCACCCUUGGAUGGAGCUGGCAUUUGCCAGGUGUCCCCUCUCCCAGCAGAUAUCCUGCUCCCCUUGAGAGAGGGGUCCCUGAGCCAAGCAAAGCCUCCAAGCUUCCCGGCUGCGGUGCAGCGGGGUGACCGGGCAGGCUGCUUGCAGUGGGGGUGCGUGGGGGAGAGGGGUUUGGCACUGGGGUGCUGCAAAGGGUUGGUCCCUUGCUGAUGCAGAGCUGCCUGCCAUGACUGACAGCUCUACAGGGUCAGACCCAGAGGUACAAGGUGAGCUCUGUGCCCUGGGGUUUGCGGUCAGUCAAGGAGGUGCCUCUGCAGUGCAGUGACUGCUUUAGCCCAUGGCACGGGUGAGUGUCCAGGACCACCCUGGCAUGGGUGGGAUGUGGAGUGUUUGGAAGGACGGUGUGGCCUGUGUACGUGCGAGAAGGGUGUUGAGGGACUGGGGAGCAACGCACUGGCAGGAGGCAUCGAGGGGCAGUGGCUCUUUCAGUGUGUGCCCUGACUCGAGGCUGGGAUGUGACCCCUUGUGGGCUCUUCCUGUAGAGGUGGCAGGGUUGAGGAGAGGGGAAGAGGCUGGGACCAGGAGAGGUGGCUGCAGGGCUUGGUCAGGGAGGGUGGCUGCAAGCCUUGCUGCUGGGGGCCAGGCUGCUGCACAGCAGCAUCUCUCCCCUGCCUGCAGCAUCCUGACAAAGUCCCGGAAACAGGGUUCAGACCCCACUUGCUCCCCUGGGGUUUUUGCCGCCUUGUGUCUUGUGUCUGCUUGUUUUCCCCAGUGGAGCAGCUGCUCUUCUGCUCACUCUAUCUCUGCAAGCCCUGGGGCUACCAGAUGCUGGUCCGCCUUAGUCUUGCCUGUCUCCAACCCCAAGCCAAGCCUUCCUGCUGCUGCCUGGAGCUGGCACCCCCUUCCCUCGAGCUGCCUCAGCAGCACAUCUCCAUUCACCCUAUUUUGUUUGAAGCACUUUAUUGUCAUGGGACUGCAGCUGAGUGGCUGCCUGCAUCCCUUUCUAGAAGCACUGAGUACAUUAAAAGAGGGAAGGAGUUCUGGCUUAGUUAUGGUUUCCAUCCUCUGCCAUGGACUGUGUCUGGAAGCAGCAGGACUUGCAAACCUGGCAGAGGUCUCCAGGGCAAGACUGUGCCCAGCACUGACUGCUACAACUAACACUGGGCCUGGCCAAGGCAGUGAGCUCUUUGUGAGGGAGAGGGGGGGCUGCUCUAGCUGUCAGCUGGAGCCUUCCCCAUGGGAUUAUUGUUGCACAGCAUAGCAAUUAAAAUGCCGUCCUUAAUAAACUAAGUUAAU